CGGAAGUCAAGCUCUCACAUGUUGUGUAUAUCCAUCAGUUGCUAAGCGCAGUUAUCACGUUUAGUACCAUUACAGCUGAUACGUUUUAUGCCAUUAAUCGGUUGAGAAAAAAAUGUUGAAUAUGAAAGUAGUCGCGUUAAUAAGUGGAGGCAAGGACAGCUGCUACAACAUGAUGCAGUGUGUUGCGGCUGGGCACCGGAUCGUAGCUCUGGCCAACCUGCGUCCUGCACUCACAGAUGAGUUGGACAGCUACAUGUACCAGACAGUGGGCCACCACGCCAUAGAACUGUAUGCGGAAGUCAUGGAGCUGCCCCUGUAUAGACGCACGAUCCAGGGCUCUAGCCUGAACACCAGCAGAAACUACAGCGUGACGGAGGGGGAUGAGGUGGAGGAUCUGUAUGAGCUGCUGCGCCUCGUCAAAGAAAAGGAGGGUGUCGAGGCAGUGUCUGUAGGGGCCAUUCUGUCCGAUUACCAGAGGGUCCGUGUGGAAAAUGUAUGUUUGCGGCUCGGCUUGCAGCCCCUGGCCUACCUGUGGCGCCGAGAUCAAGAGUCCCUGCUCUCCGAGAUGAUAUCAUCUGACCUCCAUGCCGUCCUCAUCAAAGUUGCUGCCUUCGGCCUGGAUCCGGAGAAGCACUUAGGAAAACCUCUGGCUGACAUGGAGCCCUAUCUGAAACAGCUCUCCCAGAAGUACGGAGUACAUAUUUGUGGAGAAGGAGGUGAAUAUGAAACUUUCACCCUUGAUUGCCCUCUCUUCAAAAAGAAAAUGGUAAUUGAUUCAGCAGAGACAGUGAUCCACUCAGCAGAUGCCUUCGCCCCUGUUGGCUACUUAAACUUCACCGAGAUACACACCGAGAACAAGGAUGCCGAUGUGGUGGCGAGAGCUCUGCCCCAUGGUAGUUGUCCUUGCCAGAAUGCCAUUGACAAGAUGACUGAGGAGGUGGAAUAUGCUGAUCAAGCUCAAGACAACCGGCAACAAUUUACAUCAAAUUGUGACCUUAGUUGUCAGCAGGGCCACGAUCUCCCUCCAUCCUGCUCAGCAAGAAGCUCCAAAGGCUUUCAGUGGAUCUCUGGUAUCAACGGCCUUCAGUGCAAAGAUCUCGGAAUCCAGGGCCAAACAUCGGCAGCUUUCCAACAGCUGCAAAGUGAGCUGGACAGCAGAGGCUGGAAGAUGAAGGACAUCAUCCUGGUUCAUCUGUAUGUGAGGUCCAUGGAAGACUUUGUUCCUCUCAACAUCGUUUAUAAGAAACACUUUGGCGUGAACCCUCCAGCCAGGGUCUGUGUUCAGGCUCCUCUACCUGCCAUGCAGCUGCUGCAGAUGGACUGUCUGCUCCACGACUGGACCGAGCCCCUGGAGGAAGGCUGCUUCCACCAGAGGGAAGCCCUGCACGUCCAAAGCCUUUCCCACUGGGCCCCAGCCAACAUCGGGCCCUACAGUCAAGCCCUCAGGGUCGAUGAGACGGUCUUCUGCGCGGGCCAAAUUGCAUUGGUCCCGUGCACAAUGCAGCUGGUAACGGCUGGCGCCAGGACGCAGGCCCGUUUGGCCUUCGGCUACGUGAAGAAGGUUCUGGAGGCUGUGAUCGGCAGCCUGACCCUAGCUCAUGUCAUCCAGGCCCACUGCUACGUCACCAGGCACCGGGACAUCCCUGUCGUCCGGUCCAUCUGGGAGGGCAUGCUGGCGGCUGCAGAGGAAGACGAGGUCAGCCUCCGUGGGGGCCUGCUGCGGGAGCCCCCCACCGAACCGACGCCUCUAUUGGCCCUGGUGGUACCAGCCCUACCCAGGGGAGCGGCUGUUGAGCUCCACGCCACUGCAGUCCAGGACGACCCUGCCAAAAGGACUUCCUGUCACGUGACCACAACGGUGGCCUGCCUGUCGAUAGAGUGCCACACUGUGACGUCCGCUGACGCCAGCGCCGCGUCGCUCUCGCUCUCCCUCGCCCCGGCGGCGCCCGGCGUCGAGCCCGGGGUCACGAACGCGAGGGACGUGGCCGACGCGGUCGCCGCUGCAUUCAAGAACGCCACGGGAAGGGUGGAUGCCGGCCUGGUGCCGUUGAGUGCCAGGGUGUUCUACAGGCGCCAGUCGCUGGCACGGCAGAUUGUUGAAGGACUUGAGAGAAGUUUAAGAAGCUCUCUAGGGGAGUCAAGUCCCUCCGUGGCUCUGGUUCCAGUCCUGGAUUUGCCCGACUCCCAGAUCCUCCACCUGUCCUGCUGGCUCAGUGCGUAGAAGCACGGACCGAGUCAACAACCGGACUCCAAGGUUCAAGGAGUGACCCGACACCCAAUGACUUAAAACGGGACAGCAGCAAACUGGAUAACUGCCCGUUAAUGUUAACUGUUUGUCACUGCUGACGGGUGAAAUGCAAAGCUGUGUCCGUCUGCAAGUUGUUUUGAGUGUUCCAAGGUUUUUUUUUAUAAUUCCCCUCGUCCUCCACCACUGGGGUGAAAUACUGCAGCAGCUGUUGUUCAGCCUUGGAGAAACGAGUGCUGUGGAACUUCUAUCACCAAAGACCAGAGGACGGGAGACCGCAGUCGACCACAGGAGACACCGGCAGUGUCUCAUUCCACGAGGCGAUAAACUCUUAUCCCCUGAAAAUCCCACUGUUUCUGCUGGGAUUCCUCUCAGCGCGUCUCAACGCCCCCUCAUAAAGGGCCCAGCGCCACCGCUGACGCCAUCUGUUGGGUUGUAAACCCGCAGAUUUACCAUGUGACUGCUUGUGGCAGUGUGUGUGAGAUGUGUGAGGACGAGGUGACGGCGUUUCUCGCUCUCAUGCUCCAUGGGAUCCAAGGUGUGUUAUUAUUGUGUAAUAGGCAAUCAGCACCGAGCACCUGAAAAGAUUAAGCCUCUUUAUGUUUUCUAUUGAUUCUCGGGCAACCUGGUUAAUAGGAGAAGGGACACUACAACACAGAGCUGCAGGGCGUGUGUGUGUGUGCGUGUGUGCGUGUGUGCGUGUGUGCGUGUGUGUGUGUGUGCGCGCUGAGGCUGUCAAUGGAUAUUGUGCCGAUGUGGGGAGAAAACAACACCAUUAACCAUUGCUCCUGGAACAUUUCUUUCCUCCAAGAUCAUGGACCGUAUUGAUGAUGGAGUUGGAAUGCGUCUUCACUCUGGCUAUUCUCUUCAUUGUGCGCGUGAUGGCAGCGAGAGUGGUGUGAGCUAUUGAUCUUCGCCCACCGCAAUGUUGUUUUGAUUGUUAUCAAAAAUUCAACAAUAGAGGUAGCCAAUAGAGCCCGGAGAGUUUUAUCGAGGGUUGAAAAACACAAACAAGCAAUUAUUUAUGAGAAAGCGCAAGCCCACGCCCCAUAAAUAUACAGUGUGUGUUCAUGUUCCCCCGUUUGGUUUUAAAGGGCCUCACCAGGGGGACAUUCGGUAAACACCGGUACAUUUAAUUCACAAAUAUUUGAUUUAUUUCAGCGUUUUUAAAAGAUUUCGCUGUUUAACAGCCACGUAUUUUGCAAUGCCACAAGAUAGCCGAAAAAGCCACCCCACUGAAAAGGUUUUCUUCUUUCAAUGUUCUUGUUUCAAUUUCUAAAUGUGUGACGGUCUUAAUGCCAAGCAAAUGCCAAAGAAGUAGUGGAGAAGUGUUAUGAGCAAACAAAGCAGUCUUGGUAAACAUAGAGAAAACAUGUUUUUUGUUCAAAUUGAAUGAAACAACACACACCGGCCCAAUGUAUUUCAAUUAGACAUUUCCACUGCAUUUAAUUAUAUUAAUAAAAUUCCACAUCUGUAA